UCAUCACAAGAAUCGAUCUGCUGUCAGUUGAAAUCAAUCACGCUCUUCAAAACAAUCGACCAUCGUUUCUGCAUGAAUUCCAACAAUAAAAUCUCCACUUUCAAGAACCAAAUUCCUCCCAAAUCUCAAGAACAGAAAGAAAAAAAAAAAAAAAAACCCUAACCAGAGAACUCCAAUGAAGAUCUUCAUUGUCACAAUGGGACACGAAUUCCCCAUAGAAAUAGGUAAUCAAGAACAAAUCAUCGAAAUCAAGAGAAAAAUCGAACAAUUCAUUGGCAUCCCCAUCGAAUCCCAAACUCUCUCUGUUUACGGUUGCGAGUUAGUCGAUGGACUCGUCAUGGAGGAUUAUGAUCAAUUCAUCACAGAAGAUUCGCGAAUCGAUCUCUCAGUCGUCGACCAAAUCAUCGCACCAUCAAACGAGUUUCCGAUCGCUGUGGAAUUCUCCGGCCAACGGAUAAACAUAAACAUCGACAAAACAGAGACGGUUCAUAGUUUAAAGCAGAAAAUCCAGAUAAUCUACGGCUUACCCAUACAAACAAUGUCGCUAUUUCAUUCCGGUAUGGAACUAGGCGAGGAUUGUCAGAACGUAAGCGAAUUCGGAAUCGGUGAAUUUUCGGAAGUGAUUGUGUUUAUGAAAACGACGAGUCGUUAUUUGAGCGAUGAUUCUAAUUCAAGGAGGAAGAUGAUCAGUUUCGUGGUGGAGACGUCGUCGAGCUUGCUUAAUGCAGCGUGUAUUCCAAUGGAAAUGAAGGAUUCAAGCACCGUGAAGGACGUGAAAGAACUGCUUUUGGGCGGAAAGAUUCUUCCGGACGACGAGUAUUUGUUUAUUCAUAAACAAAGGAUUAUGAGAGAGAAGCGUAGUUUAAGAUGGCAUGGGGUUGAAAAUGGCGAUUUUCUUUAUGUUUUUAAAGGCACCGUUAGCCGUGGUGAAUUUUAUUGAUGAUAAAACACAUUUGUA